AUGCGCCUCUUCCUAAUCCCGAUCUCGACCAGUCGGGUUCUCAUAUACGCGCGGCCACUCCAAAAAGACAUGGCAAGAGAGCUCUCAGUCCUUGACCGAGUCACUACAAAGGUAGCCGAGACCUGGGCUAAGUGGGAGGAAGCUGAAAAAGGGUGGAAGAAGCACCUGGUGACCUGGGGAAACCGAGUCCAGCAACGGAUACCAUACGAGGAGUGGGGUCUCAAGAGUAUUCCCUCUUUCGAAACACAGAAGCGACUUGAUAACACACAUGGAGAAACCAAGAUCGAUGUCUUGUUCCCCAGGAACGCCAUACGACAAGAAAAGAUCAACACUCUGCUUCACACUAUUGCGACGGAAAGACAGGAGCUUCACAAGAAGAAGAUGAUGUGGAGUUUGGUUCUAGCCCCCAUUACCGCACCUUUCGGACUGGUGCCAGUGAUCCCUAACAUUCCCUUUUUCUAUGUGGCCUACAGGGGCUGGUCCCACUGGCGCGCAUUGAAUGGUUCAAAACACCUUGAACAUCUUGUUGAAAAGAACCUCCUCAAUCCCAUUUCAUUGCCUGCACUAGAACAGUUGUACGCCAAACGCGCGUCCCGAGCGCUUGACAGCGCCAAGAUCGAUACGCCUCACUCCGAGGUCGUCGAGAAAAUUGAACAGAGUGAAGAAGAUCGCAUCUUGCUCAAGAUGUCAGAUGCUAAGAAGCUAGCCACAAUUUUAGACGCUCCCGAGCUCGCGUUGGAAGCCGAGCGAGCAAUUAUCCAAGUUAGCGAGCAGAUCGAGGCUGCAAAGGCUAAAAAGAAUGAGCCGGACAACGAGAAGAAGAGCUCAUAA